AUGGCCAAAAAACUAUACAGUAACCUUUACGCCAUACUAAAUAGAUUGUUCACUAACAAAAGGAUUUUAAUUAAAAAAAUAAAGGGCCUUUGUAUAUUAAUCGGAAUAUUUCUUACGGUAUAUGUCUUUCAAAAUGAAAAAGUUUUUUUAAGUUACAAAAAAUUACACGAAAACUACAACAUCUCCAAAUCGAUACUUAAUCAAACGUUACAUAAUUUACCAGAAUAUUGGUUUCCCGAUGAAUCAGACAUAUCUCCAACAAUAACAGAUAUAACGUUUGAUAAAACUAAAAUUGUAUUACUAUGGACACCCUUUUUCAGUGACGAUACGUGGGAUAUUAAAAAUAUGGGAAGAGCCCCGUUUAAAAAUUGCAAAUAUUCAUCGUGCUCCAUUUUGAACAAUAAAACUUAUUUGUCAAAUUCAGAUGCCCUCAUAUUUCAUUUAAGGGAUAUGGAAUUCCAGGAUUUGCCAUUUAAAAAUCGUUCGUAUGAACAAAUAUGGAUAUUUUAUAUGAUGGAAUCACCUAUUCUGACUUGCUCAAUUAAUCCGGAGGAAAUUUGCAAUUUGGAGAAAUACGAUUACGUCUUCAACUGGACCGUCACCUAUUUACCCGAAUCGGAUAUCACCAAACCAUACUACAGCUUUCUGAAAUUCGAAUUUAUAAAAUUGAAAUCCAAGGUUUCCAACAGUUACAAAACCUAUUCGAAAGACAAAAAAGAUUUGGCUGUCAGUAGAGCGAACGAGUUCGUAGACUUGAGGUGCUUGGCGGAUGUUCUAAGCGAUUCACCGGCAAUGGCUCUUGGAUCUGUGACGAGUCGAAAGAUGAAUCCGUAA